CCUUCAUAGUGCGCAGGCGCAGCGCGCCGAGUGGACAUUUUGGUCUUUGUCCGCGGGUCGGUACGGCCUCUCGGUACACGUGGCGCGAAAGUAGGAGGAGUAUCUCUAAAGUAGAUUUCUCCAAGUGGAAUUGCCCAGUGGGGCCACUUCCUUGUGCAUCUCUGGAAAGUACACCUUUCUCAUCCUUCAGCCCAGGGGCCCCAGAGGGCUCAUCCUGAAUUCUAGAAUGGUACUUUGGUCACAGCAAUAACAGUUUAGUGCUGUGUCAUUUUCCCCAGUAGCAGGUUUUAAAGAGACCAAAAUGGAUAAAGUCUUCCAUUGAAGAGGACAAACUCGAUGGUGGAGAAAGAAAUGGAAAGAGUCUGUCUAGAAUAAUCCUGAGAAGAUAAUGAACAGAUAAAGAGACAUCAAGACUUGGGAGGCAAGUUGCGUCCUUCUCUAAUAAACACUGACGGGAAAAAACUGACUAUAACAAAAUUAGAAAAAUCCUUCCUUUUCUCCCAGACCUUAUUUCUCUUAAGGCAAUACCUUUUUGAAAUUUUAAUUUGGAAAGAUAAUUUAGGCUUAAUCAUGAGGAAAGCUGUGUAGAAAAGAAUCAGCAAUUUUAAUAAUUUGGAAGUCCUCUAGCAGAGUUUACUCUUUGUGAUAAUAGCCGCUUGUGAGUCAGUGUGAAAAUCCCUUUGUACCCUGUCUGAUAGCCGAGCAUUCCUCACUGGAGAGAAAUCCUAUGAAUGUACUGAACGUGGGUAAGCAUUUAUUCACAUGUCUCAUUGAACUGAGAAGUCAUGCUGAAGAGACACCCUGUGCUUCUAAGGAAUAUUGAAAAGCCAUUAGCUAGAUGACAUCUCAUUGAGCAAGAGAAAUUCAUGCUGGAGAAAAACCAGUGAAUAUAGCAUACUGUCACUGAAUAUUAGAAUUUUGUACUGGAGAGAAACUUUGAGUGUGCUACGUGUGAUAAAGUUAUCUCUCAGACUUUAUCCCUCAUUCUGCAUUUCAGAGGUCAUACACAGAAAAGCUUUAUAAAUGUAAGAAAUGUGGAAAUAUCUUCAGUCAAAAGUAAAUCCUCAUUCAUCAAAAAAUUCAUACUGGAGAGAUAUCUUGUGAAUGUGGGAAAGCUUCCAUUCCGAUGUCACACCUCAGUCAGCAGAGAAAUUGUAGUGGGGAAAACCCCUUUGCUUGUAAGGUAUGUGGGAAAAUUUUCAGCCACAAAUCCAAUCUCACUGAGCAUGAGCAUUUUCAUACUAGAGAGAAACCUUUUGAAUGUAAUGAAUGUGGGAAAGCCUUUAGCCAAAAGCAGUAUGUCAUUAAACAUCAGAAUACCCAUACUGGAGAGAAGCUUUUUGAAUGUAAUGAUUGUGGAAAGUCUUUCAGCCAGAAGGAGAACCUCCUUACCCAUCAGAAAAUUCACACUGGAGAGAAACCUUUUGAGUGCAAAGAUUGUGGGAAAGCUUUCAUUCAGAAGUCAAACCUCAUCAGACACCAGAGAACUCACACUGGAGAGAAGCCCUUCAUAUGUAAACAGUGUGGGAAAACGUUUAGUGGCAAAUCAAAUCUUACUGAGCAUGAGAAAAUUCAUAUUGGAGAAAAACCCUUUAAAUGUAAUGAAUGUGGAACAGCUUUUGGCCAGAAGAAGUACCUCAUAAAGCAUCAAAACAUUCACACUGGAGAGAAACCCUAUGAAUGUAAUGAAUGUGGAAAAGCCUUCUCUCAGCGAACAUCACUUAUUGUACACGUGAGAAUUCAUUCAGGUGAUAAACCUUACGAAUGCAAUGUAUGUGGAAAAGCCUUCUCUCAGAGUUCUUCUCUCACUGUGCAUGUGAGAAGCCAUACAGGUGAGAAGCCCUACGGUUGCAAUGAAUGUGGGAAAGCUUUCUCACAGUUCUCAACCCUAGCCCUGCAUUUGAGAAUACACACAGGUAAGAAGCCUUAUCAAUGUAGUGAAUGUGGAAAAGCUUUCAGCCAGAAGUCACAUCAUAUUAGACACCAGAAAAUUCAUACUCACUAAGACCUGUAAAUAGCUUCAAAAUGGGAAACAUGCACCAGGCAUUUGUGUCUCCCAGUUCAUCAGAAAUACUUUGAAGCAAAGCAUCCCAAGUGAGGCAAACUUUAACAAAUGCUAAAACUUUAGAGGACACCAACAGUGUAUACUGAAGAAAAAGACAUUCGUAUGAUGAAAAGACUGCCCAAAUAAAAAACUGUCAGAAGUAACACUGACUUUAUAUGCAUUUCUCUAAAAUUGAGAACAGAAAAUAGAGGCCUCUUACUACACUCAGCAUAAAUCUGGAGAUAUUCACCUGGAUUAAAAAAAAAAAGUUACAAGUAUUACAACGGAAGACACAAACACACAUCAUCUACAAAUAAUAAGCCUUUGUGUUAGUGAUUCAGCAGAGCAGAAGCAAUUCCAGAAGGACCUAUGCAUUCAUAUGAAUUUGGAAUAUGAAAGAGAUAGCAUUAGGAGAUGAAUUAUUUGGAGGUAAUUUGUUCUCCAAGGGUAGAGAAUGGACCGUGGAUUACACAGAAGAGUAAAACUCACAUUAACUGAAGACAGUUAUUAAAAGCCAGUGUACUAAAAAUGUUUAUGAUCUUGGGAAUAGGAAAGCAUUCCUUGUAACAAAUUGAAAAAUACAUAACUAGUUUUACUACGUUUAUGCUCAGGAAAUACCAGGAAUUUCUCUGUGGCUCAAUGUGUAGUAGCCAGCUAUUGGGAACAAUUCAAAUAUCCAUCUAGAAUAAAAAGGAAAAUUCUUAUGUAAUAAUACACAUCUAUUAAAGUGCAACAGAGGAGAGCCACAUGUUCAUGGAAGUACCUAAAAUGUUGAGGGGAAGAAAGUUGGAGAAAGAUGAUUAUAGUACAAUGACUUUGUAAAUUUGAAUUAUAAACAUUUCCUUGAUGAAGUUCAACACUUUAUAUUGCUAAUGGCUUCACAUACAUAUGUAAAUGUUUUUGAAAUCAAUUGGAAGGAUACAGACCAGACUUGAGGGUGGCCUGUGAAGAGUGGAGAAGGGAUGGGAGUGAGUAUGGGAGGAGGGGGAGGGGAGGGGCUUCAUCUUUUUAUAUAAAUAUCCAUUUCUCUGCAAGUAAAUAUAUGAAGAUACUCACUAAUUCUGCAUUGUGGUAUAUGGAUAUCUUGUCUUAUUUUUUGUACUUUUCUGUAUUUUUAAAAUUUCACAAAAUUAAAAGAAUAGGGUGAUAAAAUUCUGUACCUGUAGAAGUCACAUUAUAAUGAAUUGCUUCCCAAUCAAAUACUCAACUUUUUAUAGAAAUUAUUUCUAAAAAUUUUAUCAACAAUGCGUGGAUGGACUUACUCUAUGUAAUAUGAAAUUAUCUAUUUUAUUAAAAUUUAAAAUGACAUCAUA